GCCCGCAGCACCGCCGGGCCCCGCGGCGGCCGCUCUCGGGAGGCUCCGUCCCCUCUCCCGGCGGUCCCACACCCGCAGCGCUCGUCCCGCGUGGGGCGGCCGGAGGUCCCCAUUCCCCCCCCAGCGCCGGAGGAAGCGGCCGCUCCCGCAGCGCCAUGGGGAACCUCCCGGCCGUUCUGCCCGGCGCUGCGCGCUCCUGCGGGCUCUGCUCCCGGCAGCUCAGCCCCGCACCCGAGGACGGCUCCGGCCCCGAUAAGGGCAGCCCAGUGCCCCCCCGGCACGCAGAGCCCGCGCGCUUCGCCCGCCUGAAGAACUGGGAGACGGGGAGCAUCGCCUACGACACGCUGUGCGCCCAGGCCGAGCAGGAGCUGCCGUGCUCAUCCCGUCGCUGCCUGGGCUCCCUGGUGCUGCCCAAGCAGCUGCCCGUGCCCGGCGCUGAGGGCGGCCGCAGCGGUGCUGAGCUGUUGGCUUUGGCGCGGGACUUCAUCGACCAAUACUACGCGUCCAUCCGGCGGGAGAGCUCUGCAGCCCACGUGCAGCGGCUGCGGGAGGUGGAGGCGGCGGUGCGGACCACGGGCACAUAUCAGCUGCAGGAGGCUGAGCUCAUCUUUGGGGCCAAGCAGGCCUGGCGCAACGCGGCGCGCUGUGUGGGGCGCAUCCAAUGGAACAAACUGCAGGUGUUCGAUGCCCGGGACUGCGCCAGCGUCGGGGAGAUGUUCGGCUUCCUCUGCUCCCAUAUCCAAUAUGCCACCAACAAAGGGAACAUACGGUCGGCCAUCACCAUCUUCCCCCAGCGGGCGCCGGGCCGGGGCGACUUCCGCAUCUGGAACACGCAGCUGAUCCGCUACGCCGGGUACCGGCAGCCCGACGGCUCCGUGCUGGGAGACCCGGCCAACGUCGACAUCACCGAGCUCUGCGUGCACUACGGCUGGAGUCCGGGCAGCGGGCGCUUCGAUGUGCUGCCGCUGCUGCUGCAGGGACCCGACGAGGCCCCCGAGCUGUUCCCGCUGCCUUCAGAGCUGGUCCUCGAGGUGCCCCUCACGCACCCCACGCUGGAGUGGUUUGGGGAGCUGGGGCUGCGCUGGUACGCACUGCCUGCUGUCUCCAACAUGCUGCUGGAGAUCGGGGGGCUGGAGUUCCCGGCAGCACCCUUCAAUGGUUGGUACAUGAGCAGCGAGAUCGGCACCAGGAACCUCUGCGACAGCCACCGCUACAACCUGCUGCAGGAGGUGGCCCUUCGCAUGGGGUUGGACACACGUAAGACUUCGUCCCUCUGGAAGGACAAGGCCGCCGUGGAGAUGAACAUUGCUGUGCUGCACAGCUACCAGGAGGCCAAAGUGACCAUCGUGGACCACCACGCAGCCACUGAGUCCUUUGUGAAGCACAUGGAGAAUGAGCUGCGGACGCGGGGAGGGUGCCCGGCUGACUGGGUCUGGAUCGUGCCCCCCAUCUCAGGCAGCCUCACCCCGGUCUUCCACCAGGAGAUGGUCAACUACCAGCUCUGCCCCACCUUCCGUUACCAGCCCGAUGCCUGGAAGGUGUACGUCUCCAAAGGCACCACGGUCACCAGGAGGAAGACUUUCAAGGAGGUGGCCAAUGCAGUGAAGAUCUCGGCCAAGCUGAUGGGGCACAUGAUGGCCCGGCGUGUGAAGGCCACCAUCCUGUAUGCCACCGAGACGGGCCGGGCGCGCACCUACGCCUGGAGCCUCUGCCAGCUCUUCCGCCGUGCCUUCGACCCCAAGGUGCUGCGCAUGGAUGAGUACGACAUCGUGUCCUUGGAGCAUGAGACCCUGGUGCUGGUGGUGACCAGUACCUUUGGCAAUGGGGACCCACCGGAGUGUGGGGAGAGCUUCUCCAAGGCACUGAUGGAGAUGUCCUCCCCCUACACCAACGCCGCGCAUGCUGAGCCUCCCAAGAGCUACAAGCUGCGGUUCAACAGCGUCUCGCAGUCAGAUCAGCUCGUGGCAGCCUGGAAGAGGAAGAGGAGGCAGCUGAGCAACACAGACAGCGCGGGGACACUGGGGGCUCUGCGGUUCUCUGUCUUCGGGUUGGGGUCGCGGGCGUACCCCCACUUCUGCGCCUUCGCACACGCAGUGGACACCCGGCUGGAGGAGCUGGGGGGGGAGCGCAUCCUGCCCAUGGGGGAGGGCGACGAGCUGUGCGCACAGGAGGAGUCCUUCCGCACCUGGGCCAGGCUGGUCUUCCAGGCCGCCUGCGAGACCUUCUGUGUGGGGGACGGAGUGGAGGCGUCUGAGGAGAUCUUCGUGGCACAGCAGGGUUGGAAGCGCCAGAAGCACCGCCUGGCCGUGCAGCCCGAGGGCACCGAUCUGCUCACCGGGCUGGCCCAUGUGCACAAGCGCAAGGUGUUCCCAUGCACGGUGAUCUCUGUGGAGAACCUGCAGAGUGAGGCGUCCAGCCGUGCCACCAUGCUGGUGCGCCUGGACACGGCGGGGCAGCCGGAGCUGCAGUACCUCCCCGGGGACCACCUGGGAGUCUUCCCCGCCAACCGCCCCGAGUUGGUGCAGGAGCUGCUGGAGUGCGUGGAGGACCCACCGCCCGCCGACGAGCCCGUGCUGGUGGAGGUCCUGGAGAAGGACAGCAGCGGCCGGUUCCCCGGCCCCAAAAGCUGGAUGCCUCAGAGCCGCCUGCCCCCCUGCUCGCUGCGCCAGGCGCUCAGCUCCUUCCUGGACAUCACGGCCCCCCCGAGCCCCCAAUUCCUGCAGCUGCUGGCCACACUGGCACGGGAGCCCACUGACCGCGAGCGCCUGCAGCAGCUCAGCCAGGACGCCCGUCUGUACGAGGACUGGAAGUGGUUCCGCUGCCCCACACUGCUGGAGGUGCUGCAGGAGUUCCCAUCCGUGGGGCUGCCCGCCUCGCUGCUGCUCUCCCAGCUGCCGCUGCUGCAGCCCCGCUAUUACUCCGUCAGCUCCGCGCCCGACCCCAGCAGUGCACACAUCGACCUCACCGUGGCCGUGGUCACCUACCAGAGCGAGAACGGGCAGGGCCCGGUGCACUACGGCGUCUGCUCCACCUGGCUGGCACGGCUGCAGCCCGGGGACACAGUGCCUGCCUUCAUCCGGGGUGCACCCUCGUUCCGGCCGCCCCCCACCCCCGAGGCGCCGUGCAUCCUUGUGGGGCCGGGCACCGGCGUGGCCCCAUUCCGCAGCUUCUGGCAGCAGCGCCUGCAGCACCUGCAGGCAGGAGGCGGCCCGCUGGGCAGUAUGGUGCUGGUGUUUGGGUGCCGAUCCUCCGCGCUGGACCACAUCUACCGGCAUGAGAUGGAGGAGGCGCAGCAGCAGGGAGCGCUCAGCCGCGUCCUCACCGCGUUCUCCCGCGAGCCGGGAACCCCCAAGACCUACGUGCAGGACGUGCUGCGGACACAGCUGGCAGAGGAGGUGCACCGCGUGCUGUGCGAGAGCGGGGGACACAUGUAUGUGUGCGGGGACGUGACGAUGGCCACCGAGGUGCUGCAGACCGUGCAGCACAUCCUGGUGCAGCAGGGAGGAAUGACCAUGGGGCAGGCGGGGGACUUCAUCAGCGAGCUGCGGGACAAGAACCGGUACCACGAGGACAUCUUUGGGCUGACGUUCCGCACGCAGGAGGUGGCGUUCCGCAUCCGCAGCCAAUCCUUCUCCAUGCAGGAGCGCCCAGCUCCGGGCCCGGCCCCCUGACGCCCACCGCCCCGCGCUGUGGGCUGCGCCCGCCCCGUAAAGGUUUAGUUUUGAUA